AUGGAUGUCACAUCGUUUCUAAAUGCCCCGGUGGGACAGAAGGUGAGUUUGCUUGUGGAAAUCAAGGGUUCCGACGAUUUCUUUUCGCUGGGAUUCGAAAGUCCUUUUGGGGAACCAGUUGCCUUCCUUCAUGAGGGAGAGAGGUAUGAGGGCAUGGUAACCCUAUAUGAUGUCAAGCACACCGGAGUCAAACACCUUGACAGUUGGAUUUUGGAAGUUGAUGGAUAUAUGCCUCUCAGGUCCACCCCCCUUGACAUAAGUGAUAUGGGUUAUGUUCACGAUGUCUGUUGUGGCCUUGGCGGAUUUAGCACGGCCUUCCAGCAUCUCGGCGUUUCUGUGGUUUCAGCAGUGGACUCAUGCGAGCUUGCCGUGCAAGCCUUCCAGUUGAAUCAUUCGUGCCCAACGAUCUGUGGUGACAUCGCUUCUGUUGAUGUUCUUGUCCGUAUGCACACAUGUCAGCUUGUUUGUGGCCGACGCCCUGUCAUAUCAGCUGGCUUUCCAUGCCAGCCACUGUCGAGGCAGGGUGCCCAAUUGAGACAAUGGGACCAACGCAGCAAAACAUUGGGAUCCAUCUUGCGCGCCGCGCACCUCCUGCGCUCCACCGGAUUGUUCCUAGAAUGCGUUCAGGAAGCCCUAUCCGACGAUGCAACACAGCGCCAGCUUCAAGAGUUUGCCAACAUGCAUGGGUUUGCCAUGUUUCAACGUGUUUUGCAUUUGAGCAACAUGUGGCCUUCUAGGAGAACAAGGUGGUUUAUGGUGAUGCUUCCGUCCGAGUUUGGUGAGUUUUCCUUUCCAGCAUUGCCCCAGUUGCCAAAGCCACCUUCGGUGAUGCAGCUCAUGCCUUUUUCACCAUGGCCAGCAUGGUCCAUGCAAGAUGAAAGCCAACUCAGCUGGACAGAGAUGGAGGAACAGGUCUACAAUGACCCACAAUAUGGAUCAACCAAUCGAUUUGUUCAGACUCAACAUCCCCUACCCACAGCGUUGCACUCAUGGGGCAAUGCCCUGUAUGCUUGCCCAUGCAAGUGCCGGGCAUCUGGACUUAGCCCUCAGACACUCAGGUCAGGAGGUUUACGAGGUUUGGCAAUCGUGUCAGGAUGUUGGCCGCACAAGACACGACACAUCCAUCCCAGAGAACUGCAACUUUUCCUUGGAUUCCCACCCUUUGAGAGUGUCUUGAGUGAUUGUAGGGCGCAACUUUGUCUGUACGGCAAUGCAGUGUCUCCCAUACAGGUCAUGUGGAUUUGGGCGCAUGUGAUGAAACAGUUUGGACUUUUGCAUGGAUUUCCAGACAGCACAGAACCAUUAGCCCAAUACAUUGACGUGGUUUUGUUGCAGCGUGAUGUCUCAUGGCCUAGCCCCUCAGUUGGACUUGGCGACAUGGUCCUUGUGCAUGAGAACGCUGAGGUCACACUCAGGUUCAACACUUCACAGACAGUAGGACAAUUGCUGCAGGCAGAAGCCAAUUUGUGCCAGGAAUCCACAAUGGUGUUUUUGAAGACUGAAGGAUUGACCCUGCCGAACUUUGCUUUUCUCCAAGAACGCACGUAUGAAGUGUGCAGAACGAACGCGUCAGCGGACACCAUGCUUUCUUGGAUUCCGGUUGCAAUCGAGUUCCUUGGCUGUGUCUCUGUGGUUUGGGUCCCCCCUGGUUUGUCUUUUCGGCAGUUGCUGUGCUGGGCUGGUAUAUUCCAAUUUGCACGACUUAUGGAUGAAACAUCCAAAGACAUCUCAGCGGAUUCACUUGUGGAGCCUUGGAAAGUAGUGACAGUUCAGCAGGACCCUGAUGAUGUCUCGUUUGACUUGAACAUGCUUGAAGGGUUUGGCAACAUACAUGAUGGACUUCCAAUUGGACUUUUACGUACAACUGAGUCAUGGAUUUCUACUGGACUUUGGCAUCUUGAUCAACUGAUCAAAUCUCAGUUGUUGCUCACAUGGACGGGGUUGGAUUUUGCACCUCUGACCGUGUGGUUGCCGUCAUUUGCUGAAGCUGUCUUUGAGUUUUGGCCAUGCCAAACAGAGGAUGACCUCAAAGCGUGGCUUGCACCCACAGAUACGCAGGUGUAUGCUUUUGUGCGUGAGAGUUGGGGUUGGAGCAUGUUGUUCAUUGCCUUGGAUGCGCGCAUGACACACAUCACAUUGGUUGAACCAACUGGACAUCUUGCAGUCACCUCACGGCUCAUUGCCCAAAGAGUCGCAUGUGUAAGUGGCCGACCAUUUUGUGAAGAACAGGUCAAGAAAAUUGAACCCAGUGUGCAUCCCGAGCAAUCGCUUGAGAACGUCAUGAAAUGCUUUCAUCAUGAACUUGGACUUUCUACUGCUUUGAUUUCCGAUGCAGUGUGCUGCACACCCGAGAUUGCCAUGUCUGACUGCCAGGAUAUUUCACCCACAGUGCCAAUGACAGCAAGCAGUCUUUUGGUGAAGCCAGGUCAGCCACACGUUGCAGAGGCACCAUUGCAACAUGGACUAACAGCCAGGUUUUUGUUGAAGUUCGCCAGAGCUUUGCUUGGAAAUUACCCAACCUCAGUCAAACCGGAACAAGUGCAGGUUUUGGUCAUAGGUGACAUGGAUUUUUUCCCCGCGGGAUGUCAUCUUCGCACAUGGCAGGCUGAACAGGCGCCACUGUAUCUUUUCGUUUUGGUUGAGAAGCAUUGGACUUUUGUGAAGUGCGACAUGCAUGGAACACAUCUUGUAGUGCAACAGUUUGAUGGACUUGCUCACACCAGCAUUUCGGAGUUGGCUCCUCUUUGCGUCGCAUUGAAACAAGCAUGGGAUGCCGACAAAGUGACCAUAUCGACCACCUGGGUGCUUGAGCAGACCAAAGCUGAUUCAUGUGGGACCAUCGCGCUAGGUCAUUUUGCUUUGAGCCUGGGUUUGAUCACGUAUGAGCAAGCCAUGCACUUUGAAGCACUCCAUUCCAGUUUUGCAAUCUGCAGCAGCUUGGCUGGAUCAUGUGGGUUUGUAGGAUUUGGAAUUGAAGAGAAAGUGAACCAUGACCUUGCGCAGCUUUUGCCCACCAAGGGAGUCCCUGAGGAAAAUGUGAAAGAUCGCAUCCAAGCAGCCUUGAAGGUGUUUGGAUCAGAAGCCAUUGGGAAGGCGCUCCAAGCCAACAACAAGUGGGCAGCCUUGAAGCAACUUGGAAACAGCCGCCCACGUCCUUUCAUGUGGGUUACCAAUCAGGAGCUUCAACAGCACAUACAAGAUCGAUCGCAAAGUGAAUAUGGGGCCAAACUUGACAUCCGAAAAAAGAAGACACAGAAAGAAUACAAGAAGCAGCCUGCAGCUGCGCCUCAGAUUGAUCCAGCGAGCCUUUUUCUCCCACCAGGGUUGUUCAUUACCAAUACAGGGGAAAGUGUUCCACAAAUUCCCUUGGAAGCUGUUAGCAAAAACUCACGAGGCAUUGCUUUUGCCACACCAUCGGACGUAGCACAGUUUUUGACAGAUGGCAAGAUGAUCAGCACAGAAGCACUGUCGGUGCUGGUGAUCGGGACUCUUCCAGAGUCCGCUCCACAGUCGCUCCCUAUGCACAGCCUGCAAGUCCCUGCAAUUUACCGUGGCACGGACGAACCCAUUCUGAUAGACUGCACAACCAUUCAACUAGGAGACCAAGCAGUGUACAGAAAGCAGAAUCAGGCCGCGCCUGAAGUAGCUGUGUAUCCAACUGCCGUUUUCAGAGUGCACGUUUUCCGAGAUUUGUGGGUAGUCGACCAACCAUGGGAAGAUGUGGUGUCUCGACCAGUGAAAACCCUGGUCCAAGCUUUCGACAUCCUCAAGCUGUGCAAAGCUCAAGAUUGCCAAGGUUUCUGCGGUUUUUGCCAUCCAUCAUGCGAAGAAGAGGGAAUCAAAUCAGGCCUUCUGGACAUUUGGGCUUUUCAUUGGCAUACCCUUGAUGGAAACAAGACGCCACCACCAAAAGCCGAUGUCUUGUCAGUUUAUUUUCGUGUCCCAGAGUCCAGUUUCCAUUCGUUGCAUGUCACGUCCGGCACAUAUGGGGUUUUCUUUGAGCCCAGGCAUAGUGACAAUCCAGGUCCAGAUCCUCGCUAUGCAGUAGUGUGGAUGCCACCAUGCACUUUGGCUGAAGUCAUGCAUCGGGUUAAAACGGUUGAUGAAGGGAUUGCAGCAUGCCGCCUGGGCAACAAAUAUGGUAUCAGAUGCCUUGUUAAAGACCAGGAAGCACUCCAUGCAGUCAUUUGCCCAACCAAGCCUUUUGUCAAAUGUACCAUCCAUUUGAUUUAUCGUUUGGAACCACUCCCAGCGGGCACACAGCGCCAAAGCUUGGUUCAGAUCCUCAAACAAUUUGGAUGGGUAGCCAAACCUUUGCAACCAUGCAAAGGAUCACAGGGGAAGGCAUGGACAGUUGGAGCAGAAAAAGAGCCACCGAGCCCUUUCAUUGAGACACAGAAUGGCUGGAUUAGCCUCACAAAAAUGCGCGAUCAAGUACCUCAGACAAAGCCACAUGAUCUGAUUGCAACCGUCCGCACGAGGCAGCAUAUGAAAGACGCCAGCGGCUCAGCUUCCAGUUCAGCACCUCCGCAAGACCCUUGGCAUACCACAGGCAAAGAUCCAUGGGCCAACUUCCAUGGCACCAGCAAAGCAGGUCCACCAUCCCAACAUGUUCAGCAGAAAUUUGAGGAGGUGGAACAAAAAAUGACAGAUCGGGUGCAGGCAGCUCUCGAUGCCAAAAUGCAGCAGCUCCCAGGCGAUGAGGAAGCUCGACUUCGGCUGGACUCUGUCGAAAGUCAGAUUCAAUCCAUUUUGGUUAAUCAGCACAAGCUGGAAAACUGGGCGGUUGACAAUAGCUCCAAAGUGGCCAUUAUUCAGUCCGAACAGGCAAACAUGAAUCAAGCCAUGCAACAGUGCCAGCAAACGAUUUGCGAGCAAGGCCAAGCUCUGACACAACUGGCGCAGGAGGUCACGACAUGUUCACACACCUUGUCCAGUCAAGGCCAUACUUUGCAGCAGGUAGCCCAGGACGUUGGAGGUUUGCAGCGAGAUUUGACAUCCCAGCUUGAAGCAUACUUCAGCAAGCAGUUCUUCCGUAUUGGAGAAGCUAUGGUGCCUGGUCCUGACAACAUGGUCAAUCCUGACAUGGACUUUGAUUCCUUUGUUGAUCCUCCGCAAUGGGCUUUGCCCGGUGUUCCCGAGUUUUGUUUGGGUGUUGGAAAUCCAUCUGGGAUCAGUAACAAGUUGCACACCCUCGACUGUUUCCCAGUAGGUUUUUGGCAUAUGGCCGAAACACAGGCGUCUCGAUAUCAGCAACAUGCGUUCCAGGGGUAUCUCAACAGUUUGUCGUGGAGAUCCAACCGGCACUUGCGUUCUUGUCUUGGUGCCCCCGCACCACUUCGUGCGGGCUCUUCUGUUGCUGGUUCGUGGACUGGCGUUUUGUGCUUUGGUGACUGUCCUUUGCGGCAUGUUCCUUGCGUUUGGCCGUCGGAUGAGUUUAGCAGCGGUCGUGCCCUGGUCACUGUUGGACAGAUUGGUGGACUUCAGAUUACAACUGCCACAAUUUAUUGCCCAGCCAAAGGUCCGACAUUUCCAAAUGCGAGAGCCCUUGCUGAACGUUUGUUGACACCAAUCACUGAAAACUUGGUUUUUGGUCGGAUGGGCCCAAGAGCGAUUCUUGGAGAUUUCAAUGCCCCUGCCGGCAGCCUCCAGCAAAUGCAGAUCUGGCAAUCACAAGGCUGGGUCGAACUGCAAGAGCUUAUGAAUCGGCACUAUGGAAUCGCCCCACAAGCCACAUGUAAAGGGGCCACAGCCCCCGAUCAAAUUUGGGUAUCGCCGGAACUUGCCAUGCUGAUCACAAAUUCUGCAGUGUGGCAGAUAUAUCCCGACCAUGCCAUGUUGAUAGCUGGGCUCAAUGUUCCCUCUAUGAGCCUUUUCCAGCCGCAAUGGCAUCUUCCUGGUCUGAUCCCAUGGAAUUUUGUGGAUCAAGAUAAAUGGGGAACCGAGUCUGACAUUGGGCCUAUCAUCGAUUCAAGCAUUCGGCCUGUGGGUGGUCAAUGCUUGCCUUUGGACAGUCGAUUGGAUUUUGAGUCCAUUAGCCAGACAGAUUCCACUCAUGCGUUCCGCUCUUGGAGUAGACAGUUUGAAGUUAAGGUGUCACAAGCCCUCAGCCCGGGGGUUCAGAGGGCUGAUCGCAGCUACUUUGGACGAGGCCUCUUUGCCGUGACACGGAAAGAAGCGCGCUAUGCCUUGGAUUGCCUUGAAGACUCCAUGUCUCAAACCAUCACAGUUUUGGAUGCUUGUGCAGGCCUUGUGACUGUCCCCGAGCCUUUCCCUAGCCAGAAAGUCAUUGGAUGGCAGUUGCAAUCUCAACCUGCCUUGGUUCGAGCUAUGGAGGAGGGAUACGUCGUUGAAAGCGAUUUUGUGCUCGUUGAUGGUCAAACCCUGAGCUGCACCACAUUGGUACAUGAACCUGCAGAAAUCCAAGACAGACUUGUACAGUUGUGGACUCCUAGAUGGAAUAAACAUGCAACGGUCUCGUCCAGCCAAUGGGAUCAGAUCAAGCGUUUUGCUGAAGACUGCCUACCAAGAGGUCAUUUCUCUCUUCCCCGCGUGAGCAUUGCCGAUUGGCGAAGGGCAGUUCAAUCCUUUAAAGCCACAGCCGCGACUGGCCCUUGUGGCUGGUCGAGAGCAGACCUGCUCCAUAUGCAGGAUACGCAUGUUCAGGCCAUUUUGGAUUUUUUUCAUAUGAUGGAACAGGGAGCAGCAUGGCCUAAACAGUGGACAGUUGGAUUGAUUCACAGUUUGCAGAAGCGCGAAGACAGCGCCAAAGCUGAAGACUUCAGACCAGUGACUGUCAUGAGCAUGUACUAUCGAGUGUACACUGGAAUUAGGGCAGGUCAAAUCUUGGCGCAGCUGGCGCAAUGGUCUGAUUUCAUGCAAUGUGGAUUUAUGCGUAAGAGACAGGCCUCUGAUGUGUGGUAUUUUGUUGGCGUGUACUUCGUUGUCCGUCGCUCAACUAGUCCAGCGGUGACGUCAUGCACCGGCUAUCCUGAAGGCUGUCCUUUGGCUUGUGCAGCCAUGACUGCAGUGGAUGUGGUUUGGCACACUUGGCAACAGGCGAGCAAGUUGGCACAGCGAGCUGGUUUCGACGGACUGCAAGAUGGCUGCGACGUAGGACUGACAAAGUCCAACGAUGCAGCGUUUGGCCUCACGGACCAGGACGCUCUUGCGGCAUGGGCGGUGGUUGUAGCAGAUGUUGGACCUCUUGCCAAAGGACCUUUGCCAGGCAUCCAACAGUCAAUCCCACGAGCCGAGGCAUAUGCCGUGCUGAGCGUGAUGAUUUGGCUUCAGAAUUUUGAAGGUUCAGCGCACAUUUGGGUAGAUAACCAGUGGGUGGUUGAUACUGCGCGGGACAUUCAGCGCGGAGUUUUUGACCCUUCUUCGGUUGAACACGAAGACAUCUGGACUCAGAUUGCUGCACUUUUUCAGAGUGCCGUUGCCGAUAUUACGCUGCACAAGGUGGCCAGCCAUACUCAGAAAUCGACAUUGACCUUCGUGUUGACAUCAGAUGUUUCCAGCGAUCUGUCAGAGACCCCUACGGGAGUUGCGAGACAUGGCGUUGAGAGACAUCGAAUGGCACCGGCCAGGAUUCAGGUCACGGACAGAGUGGGUGCGGGGCUUCCCCCACCGUUGCCGCGUCCGGCACUGGCGGCUUGCAGCGGUGGGAGCUUCAGCAUUGCCUUUGCUGAUUGCGACCAGGACUGGUUUUCGCGCCGCGCUGUUCUGUUGGGUCUGGCCAGUCUCGCUGGGGCAAUUUCUCGCGCGCCAGCGCAGGCAGCGAUUCCAAUGAUGGAAGAGUUCUACCAGGGCAGUGGAAGCCAAGUGGCACUACCAAAGGAAGAGCUUCAGGCGAUGGAGAAAGCCUACCGCAAAGCAUGGGAGAAGCAAAAGAGCUUAUCCAUAACAGAAGCAGCAUCAGGAGCACUGACGUCCUUGAACGACGUGCCUCAGAUGCUGAAAAGUGGCGACUUUGAUGGUGUGAGGACUCUCUUGCUGUCCCCUUCUGUGGGAGCCAUCGGCAUCUUGAAGUCCCCCUCACGCGUGGGUGGCAGCCCCUAUGGGGCCUGGGCUACCCAAUGUGGCGAUUCCAGGUGCGAGUCCAGCGCCUUGAUCGCGCGUGGAGCACUGCAAGAGCUGGAGGAAUGGUGCUUCUCGAAACGUGCCAUCUACUUCAACUCUGCGGACAAGAAGCAGGUGGAAUCAAGGGACGCCACGGGGAAAGCCUUGCAGAAGCUGCAGGAGAAUUUGGAAGAACCUUUGGAGUUCCUCGAACAGGCCAAAGUCGCCUUGGAAGAGGUCGCGAGAAAAUCGGGGUGA